AUAAAAAUAUUUUCUUUGAUUAUGUUAUGUUUCAUAUUUGUAUACAUUAUCUUCACAUAUUUUUUAAGCUUAAAAGCACAAAUAUGCUAUGAUUACAAGAAACUUCCACACUCUGUCUUUCAUAAAUUAUUUAUGUUUUUAUAUAUUCAUUCUGUAUAUUUUUUUUAAAUAAUGUCGAUGAGUACUUUUAUGUUCUCUGAAUGUGAGAAAAGGGUUGGCGACCUCCACGUGGUCUUUCUUGGAUGCGUUUUUCACUGAGAAUGAUUAUAGUGUAAAACUUAACAUCAAGGAAGGUCUUACUCCAUUUUUAUAGUUUUUUGUCUACAGACUCGCUUUGUAUAUAUAUUCAUUAUUUAUUAUUGAAAAAAUACUUUUUAUGCAUUAGGUCUUCUUACUUUGAACCGACUGUACUGUAUUUGAAAGUUUUUUUACUUUGAUAAUUUCAUAUCUAAAAAAAAUGUCAAGUUCUCUAGCGUUUAUGAUACUUAUAAAUUGUUGUAUCUAAGAUACUUUUCAUAAAAGUGUCCCUUCGGUAAGUUAAGUUAUGGAAGAAGACACAUAUAAUGCUUUUGUAAUCAUAAAUGUAUAUUUUAUUCUGUAAUUGAAAUAUCAUAAUCUAUAUACAUAUUUAUACCACUUUUUAAAUUCUAUUCCAUUCUAUUAAAUAUAGUGAUAAUUUACAUAUUUAACUAUUGUUGAGAAGACACUUAACUUUGCAACAGUACUAUUAUUAUGUUUGAUUAUUUUCAAUUACACUGCGAUUUGCCCUCUGCUAUUUCAUUUUUUUUAUGUACAUAUAAAUGUUUUGUAUAUUUAUUAUAUUGGUUUUUAUACGUUUGACACCAUGCAUCGAUUGUCACUAUAGUACCGUAAGUAUGGUGCCGUAGUAUUUUUAAGAAAACAAUUAGGUGGGGGUAACCUAGAUAGCGAACGCCUUUGACGCCGAAGGCGUAUCAAUUUUCCACCCGUAUAUUAUCAAAAGUUAAUAAUUAUCACAAGUAGUAACCGUGGUAGUAUUGCAUGAUACAUUAUACCUACAUAAUAAUGUUUUGAAUAUUAUUAAUUAAAUUGAUUAAUAUAUAAAUAUUAUACGAAUUUCACCCGAAGCGAGGCACACAGAAGCUAGUGUGUUAUUAAUAUUAUAAAUAUAUAUGAUAGUACUAUCUUAAACCGUGGUACACCAUGAAGACUAGAGAUAUAGUUUUCAUGGUAUAUACAUUAGAGAUUAUCUAUAACGAAAACAAAAUAUUGAUAACGAGUUGUAUACAAAGAUUUUUAUUGUUUAUUUUUUUUUCAAACAUUUAUUGAUUCAUUUUAAGUGAAAGAAAUAUGCCAAUAUGUUUGUCAUGUUAGCUGAAGUAAUAACAAAAUUAUCAAACUUACCUUUUUUUGGCCACCGAUGUUAUCCUCCAUUGUUGUAGAAAACGUAUACGAUUAAAUCAGAUGCCCGAUUAAGUCAGCUAUUUGAACACGGAGGAUACAUUGGUGGCCAUAAUAAAUAAUACUUGAACUAUAAUAAUGAUCGGACAUUUUGAAGAAACAUCCGCUGUUGAUGAUGAACCCUUUAAAAAUCCAAGUGAAUCCAUGCUUUUUGAAAUGGUCGAAGGUGAUGAAAACAGUAUUCUUCCAAAAGAAUAUGUAUGCAAUAUGUGUGAAAUUGUAUACUACAAACGUUCACAAAUAAUAAGACAUUUAAAACAGUCUUGUUUUAUAAGAAAAAACUCUACCGUUACUGAUAAAGUAGUUCCUAAUAUUAAAAAAUUAGCUGGUCUAUCAAAAAACAAACAAUCAUAUUUUCAGUAUAAACUUUACCAAUGCGAAUUAUGUUCAAAAUAUUUUCCGAACAAGACUAAAUUAACUCAACACACUCGGACUCAUAGUGCGAAAAAAGAAUUUAGUUGCGAAAUUUGCCAUAGAGUAUUUUCUAACUCUUACAGUUUGAAAAGUCAUGGAAAAACUCAUUCCGGAGAAAAGCCAUAUACUUGUGAUAUCUGUCAAAAAUCUUUUGCUCAUUCACAUAUUUUAACAAAUCAUAAAAGAACCCAUUCCGGAGAAAAGCCAUUUAAAUGUGAAUUUUGUCAAAAAUAUUUUGCUACAUCUGGAACUUUAGUGGCACAUAAACGUACACACACAGGUGAACAACCGUACAGAUGCAAUGUAUGUCAAAAAACAUUUUCUUUAUCCAGCAGCUUGAGUUCACAUAAAAGAACACAUACUGGCGAUAGACCACACAAAUGUAAUUUUUGUCCAAAAGCAUUUGCCAAAAGUGGUGACUUGGAGAGACAUAAACGAAUACAUACUGGUGUUAAACCAUUUCAUUGCGAUACCUGCGAUAAGUCUUUUACACAGUCAUCUGGCUUAAUAAUACACAAAAGAAUCCACACCGGAGAAAGGCCAUUUGCUUGUGAUUCGUGCGAACGAUCAUUUACCAAUUCAGCCAGUUUGAUAGCGCACAAGCGAACUCAUACAGGAGAAAUACCUUAUAUGCCUCUACAUAUUCUCAACGCACAGCAGGUGUCUAACAGUCAAAAUACUGUAAAAAAGAAUGAGUUUUCAGAAACAUCGUCAACCACAGGUUUAUGGGACACCAGUAUUCCUACCCCAGCUGUGGGAGAUUUGAGUUAUAGCUGGUCUAACUAUUGGUUUCAAAGCGAAACGGAUCCUAGCAGCAUUAAAAAUCCAAUUAAUAGUACCGGUGAACCACCGUAUGCACAACCCGUGUAUAACGAUAGAAAGAAUAUGAAUGGUGCGAGCUUGGUAAACGGAGUAAAUACGACUUCGGUAGGAAACGAAGUACCCAUUAAAAGACCGGAAGGCCGAUGGUUGGACUGUGACGUUUGCCAUAAGACAUUUCCGUAUUCGUCCAGGCAUAAGUUAAUCGAACACCAACGGACUCAUACGCGUGAAAAACCGUUCAAAUGCCUUCAAUGUCAAAAAUCUUUCUCCUUGUCCAGUACUUUGAUCGUACACAAAAGAAUGCAUACCGGAGAAAGACCGUUCAAAUGCGAUUUAUGCCCGAAAGCGUUUGCUCAAAAGUCAAAAUUGAAUAUCCAUAAACGGGUUCACACCGGGGCGAAGCCGUUUUGUUGCGAUUGGUGUCAGAAAUGUUUUGCUCACUCGUCGAAUCUGGCGGAUCACAAGAAAACGCACACCGACCAGAAACCGUACGAGUGCGAUAUCUGCCACAAGAUGUUCACGCUCGCCAACAGCUUACGGAAACACAAAGUGCUGCACACCGGAUACAAACCGUACGUGUGCGACGUUUGUGAAAAAGCGUUCGCGAAAAAGGCCACCUUGGAUCGUCACAAGGGUACGCACGACGGUGUGCCCGAAUGGACCAAACCGUUUGCGCACGCGGCGAGGGAAAAGCGAACGGACACCAGUGACAAGCCGUUCAAGUGUCGUAUUUGUUUCAAAUCGUUUGCCAGCCUGAACGGGAUGACCAGACACGUGGCCAAACACGGCGAACAAAAUCGUUUUCAGUGCGAAGUGUGCCGCAAGUGUUUCACCGGGCCGUCGGUGCUGGUCAGGCACCGACGAAUACACACGGGAGAAAAACCGUUUCAGUGCGAUUAUUGUCCCAAGGCGUUCGCUUACUCGUCGAUACUCGUAACUCACAAACGCACUCACACCGGAGAAAAACCGUACCGGUGCGAUCUGUGCCCCAAAGCGUACACGCAGUCGUCCAGUUUGAUCGUGCACAAGCGAACCCAUUGGGACGAACAACGGACGAUCGAUGGCGACGGACGACGACGGCAACCGGUGGAGCAGCAGCAGCCAGUGAACGAUCCGAGGACGAUCGGAUACGAGAUGGCCGACGACUACGCGGACAAUUGGUCCGGUUGGUAUUCCGCGGAACCCGACAUGUCCUUUAUCGCUGACGAACUGCCCCAAAUCGUGCAGAACCCUUCCGCCGAGGAGGACCCCUUGUCGCGCGUUAGAGGAGCAGUGCACACCGUCGCGUCCUUCCAUCAUCAUCAGAUGGUCGAUGGUGCGCGGCACGACCCGACUACGGACGUCGCGGCUAUGCCGCCGCAAAGGUUCAAGUGCGCCAAGUGCAAGGAGUCGUUCGACGAGAGCUCGCUGCUGUUGAAACACAUCAGAAAGACGCACAGGCCGGUGGCGGGCAAAGUGAACAAGACGAGCACCGGGCCGCCGGGGUGCGGCGAUGCGGGGAACGGCGCGGCGACGAACCGCAAGAAGAAACGCGGCGAACGGCAACGGCUGGAGUGUGACAUUUGCCAAAGGCCGUUCCACGACUCGUACAAGCUGAAGGUGCACCGGCGGACGCACACGCGCGAGAAACCGUUCAAGUGCGACGCGUGCGACAAGUCGUUCAUCGACUCGUGCAACCUGAAGGAGCACCAGAAGGUGCACACAGGCGAGAAACUUUUCGAGUGCGACAUCUGUCAGAAGACGUUCUUGCAGCUGGGCACGUUGACCACGCACAGGCGCACGCACACGGGCGAGAAACCGUACAGCUGCGACGUUUGCCGCAUGCCGUUCGCCCUGUUGAGCAGCAUGAAAACGCACAAGCGGCGCGCGCACACCGGUGAAAAGCCGCACAAAUGCGAUUUCUGUCCGAAAGCGUUCGUCAAGCGCAACGACAUGGUCCGUCACCGGCGCACGCACACCGGCGAACGUCCGUUCGUAUGCGACGUGUGUCACCAGUCCUUCACGCAGUCGUACGUACUGGUGUUGCACAAGAGGAACCACCACGCGGGCGGCGACAACGCUUUCGCGAGCAAUCGCCGCACCGCGGGGCCGCCACCGUCCGUGGCCGCGACAAAGCACCAUGCCGGCGCGGUGCCCAAAGAAAAACCGUUCGGCUGCGACGUUUGCCCGAAAUCGUUCGUCAGCCAGUCGACGUUGAACACGCACAGGCGAAGGCAUACCGGCGAAAAACCGUUCCGGUGCGACGCGUGCCAAAAAACGUUCACCCAAUCGUCCGGUCUGAUCGAGCACAAAGCAGCGCAUCACCGUCCUAACCUCGUGGUCGAGUCGUUCGAACAGCACGACGUCACGCAACAACAACAGCAGCAGCAGCAACACCAGCAGUACGUAGGCACUACCAACGUGUACGUCGCUCCCUCGCACAGGGCACCCCAGUACACGGGGGACAGGGCUUGCGAAUAUGGCAUUUGUCAGUCGACCGCUUAUAGCCAACCGCCCCCUGUCGGUUCUAUGCGCUUCGAUCAGCCCAUGAUAUUACACAAUAGGAACAUGUAUUACGCAUAAAUCGUAUACAAUCAUUUAUUUGCUACAGCGUUGUUGAUAUAUUUUAUUUCGACCCCCCUCCCUUAUGUUUACCAACCAAUAUAAUAUUUAUUUAUUUAUAUAUUUAUGAUUUUAUUUCGCAUACUUUUGUAUACAGACUACACGUGUAUUUAAUUUAAAGUGAUUGUUUUAUUAGUUUAAAAAAAUGUAUAUUUUAAUAUUUGAAAUUCAA